AUGUCGGCGUCGAAACUUGUGUCUAGAGCGGCCGUUCGUGCUGCCUCUACGCCAACAAUAACAUCAAAUAUGACCAAGGCCGCCGGGGACAUUUCCAGUGUUUUUCCAAGCUUGCGACCUGACUACAAACCGGAACCACUGCCUCCACGGUUCAAGGAACUGAAACAAAAACUGUUCGAGAAGAAUGAGAAGGCUCUAGUGCAAAGCUGGAAAAGACUCCUUGAAAGCCUAGAGAAAGAGGUGCAUGAGAUCAAGGUCAAGGGCAGCGAUGUACGUCAUCCCGCAAUGCACUGUGAUCUAUUUUCACUGGAUGCUGACGGCCAGCAGGUUAUACCAUCGGUACAAUAUGCAGACAUUGUGUCCGGCAGAGUCUCGGAUAGAGCCCUUGCUGAGAUAUUGCACCGCGGAUCUGUCGUGAUCCGAAAUGUGAUCCCUCGAAAAGAAGCUCGAGGUUGGAAAAACAGGGUUGAAGAGUAUGUCGCUGCGAAUAAGGAGCGAGUCAAGGCCUUUCCGCCUGAUUCACCCGCUGUCUUCGAACUGUACUGGACUCCCUCGCAGGCCGAGGCACGAGCACAUCCGAACAUGCUCGAAACUCAGCGUUUCUUGCAGCGUCUCUGGCAUUCAUCUGACCCGGCGACUCGGAUAUCUACCAGAUAUCCUCUGACAUAUGCGGACCGCCUCCGUAUCAGGCAGCCGGGAGAUGGUAAAUUCUCGCUUGGUCCCCAUGUGGAUGGGGGUUCACUCGAGCGUUGGGAGGAUCCCGAGUAUUCGCGGGUCUACACCAAGAUCUUGGAGGGCAAAUGGGAAGAAUACGACCCUUGGGAUGCGAAGCACCGAGUUUCCGCUAAGAUGGAUUUGUACAAUGGAGCGGGAGCAUGUUCUAUGCUGAGAUUCUUCCAGGGCUGGCUUUCGAUGUCCAACACUGGCCCUGGAGAAGGCUCGUUGCAUGUUUGCCCUAUGCUCAUUCAGAGCACUGCCUAUACCAUUCUGCGUCCAUUUUUCGAUGCGAAGACAUUGCAGCCCAACCUGGACGCCACGUUUCCAGGUUCCGUGCCAGGUGCUUGCCAAGAAUACAAUCCAGUUACCCAUCCUCACCUUGAACUAGACACCACCAUGGUUUCGGUUCCAGAGGUCGAACCGGGAGAUUAUGUCGCUUGGCACUGCGACUCGUUGCAUUCCGUGGACAAGGAACAUAAGGGGAAUGGUGACUCCAGCGUCCUCUAUAUCCCUGCCACUCCAAUGUGCGAGAUGAAUGUGGAUUAUCUCCUCAAGCAGCGGAACGCGGCUCUCGCCUAUUCACCACCUUGGGAUUUUCCCGGCGCCGGAGGUCCGGGUGAGGCAGGUUUUAAGGGUGCAUUGGACUGGUCUUCUGUCAACUCUGAUGGCCUGCGAGCCAUGGGUAUGGGCGCAAAGCCUUGGGAAGUCACUGGUGACAUGACCGAGGGAGAGAAGGAAGUUGUUGAAGCAGCGAACAAGGCCUGUUUUGGCCAAGCUUAA